UGUAGCCGGAGAGGAGGCGUGUGUACUACGUUACUGUACACAAGGAGAGGGAGAGAAGACAUUAACUUGUAGCGGGAGCAGAGGCGUGCACUACGUUUAAUUGUAGCAGGAGAAGAGGCGGGCGCUACGUUACCGUAUCAGAGGAGUGAGAGGGAGGUAGUGAGUGAGGUGGUAGCACACGAGGGAUACUGUGAAAGCAAGAGACACUGAGCAGCAAGCAGUCAUUCCCUCAGGCAAAGGAGAGAGAGAGAGCGAGAGAGAGAGGUCUGUGAUUUUGCUUUUGCUUUUCCUUUUUCCACGCUGGUUUCAUGAUCACACCACCACUCGCCAGUCGCCACCAGCUCCUCGACUAUUGACUGAAGAGAUUUGAAGGGGAGAAAAAAAAACAGGAAACACAAGGAGGCAGAUGAAGAAGGAGAGCACCUGCUGACCUGCGUGGGAGAGUGGGAGUGAUGAUUCACUGAAAACCUCCCACCUGUGCUCUGCCAUUCCUCCUGCCACACUGCCUGAUGGAAGACCUCGUGGUCCAAGCAUACUCUUUGUGAUAAAAAUUGUGUGGUGUUGCAGUCUUUUUUUGCAGUCUUUUUUCCACUUUUUGCUGGAUCUAUUUGAAUUUUGUCCUGGACUUAGGCAACCUGCUGGGAUGUGCAUACGUUCAGCUGUUUGAACAUCUUCCUGACACAGGACAGGAGCCGUCGACUCGGUCGGUUUUCUCUCCGUUUCGUUGUGUUGCGUUCCCCCCCAAGUGUGGAUGCUCUCAGUGUUGCUGUGCGUGCACGUAGUCGGUAGCUUCGCCUUGAGCCGGGGGAUCGAGAUGCUGUUCAACAGCAUCAGCACCAAGUUCUCGCUGUCCCACAUCCACGUGCGGCUGACGGCCAAGGGCUUGCUGCGAAACUUGCAGCUGCUGUCGGGAUGCAAGAGGAACACCGUGGUCUUCUGUGCAGUGGACAAGGGAAAGACGACGAGGCCCAACGCCCGAAACCAGACCCAGAACCAGGUGAAUGGGCAUCGAGGUGCAGACCCGCCGCCGUCCUCCGGACCUCCUCUGGACAGCAGGGCGAAGAACACCAAGGCCCAGAGCUGCGCGGAGGAAAGCCGUCCGACCAAGACCCAGCUCCAGCUCCAGGGCCUGAAGGGUCUGCUUCAUCAGAGCAACCUGAGGUGUGAGGGACUCUCCAUCGUGCUGCAGUAUUGUGUGGCAGAGCGCGAGGAGACCUUGAGGAAGUAUGCAGACCUGUCCCAGGAGCUCGUCAACCUGCGAGAGGAGCUAGCCAACUCCUCCCAGACAUGCGAGCGGCUGGCGCUGGAGAAGGAGGAGGUGGCGAAGAUGAGGGAGCAGCACCGUGUGGACCUGGCCCAGCUGGAGGAGCGCCUGCAGGUCUUCUACGCCGCCGAGUGGGAGAAGACACACCAGAUGUAUCAGGAGGAGGCUGAUAAGUGCAAAGCCCAGAUGGAGGACCAGCUGAAGACGUUACAACAUCAGCACGAGGUCCUGAUGAACGAUCUGGAGGCCAGCCACUCGGUGAAGAUGGAGAGCAUCAAACAGCAAGCUGAACAAUCUCUAGCAGAACUCUGUCAAACUCAAGAAAAACAACUUGAGACAUUGAACACAACUUUGCAUGAGAUUGACAACUUGACAGGUCAGGUUGAAGAUCUAAAAGCGGACAAUCUUGCUCUCAAUGAAAAGCUUAAAGUGGCCGAGGAGCUGAGGAAGGCGAUGGCUGCAGAGGCUCAGAAGGACUCCCACACGCUGUACUUGGAGCAAGAGUUGGAGAGUCUGAAGGUCGUGCUGGACAUCAAGAGCAAACAGCUCCAACAACAGGACCAGAAGCUCAUGCAGAUGGACAAAGUGCUGGAGAAGAAUGAGAAGCUUGAGAAGUCUCUACAGAUGAUCCAGCGAGAGAAUGAAGACCUGAAAGCCCGGAUGGACCGACACGUGUCGUUGGCAAGGCAACUGUCGGUGGACCAGAUGACGAUGCAGGAGAACCUGGAGAAGGAGAGCAAAGAGAACAAGCGUCUAUCCCGCGAGAACGAGGAGCUCCUCUGGAAGCUACACAACGGGGACCUGAACCUCACGAAUCGGAAAUCGCCACCCGCCACCCCAUCCUCUUUGCCCCUGCAGUCGCCGUAGAAACAAACUAACUGCUCAAACUGCCUUGAAGGGAAUGGUGCACAAGGCAGCUUUUUGAGCAAUGUUGCUUUAUGGGCGUUAUUAUUAUGAUCUGCUCCGUAUAAUCUGAUGGAAUAGUUAGAAAAGUUGUCGGCUGCUGAUCCACAGGUGUGUUUCUCGAAAGCAUAGUUGCUAGUCAGUUAGCAACUUGGCUAGUUGCCAAUGGGAAACUGCAUUGCAAACAACAAAGUAGCUAACGUAGGCUACUGUAGUUAGCAACUAUGUUUUUUUCGAGAAAUGCACCCCAGGUUUUCUUGACAAGUGUUAUCGCGGUCAAGACAGUCCAGACAACAUCUUAUCAUAUCGUUGCCCAGACGCAUUGCUCAAAAAGUUGCCCAGUGUAUCAUCAUCUUUGAGACCCUCCCCUCCUCACCACACCCGACCCCACCCCUCGCCUCAUCUGUGUCGCCUAGACGACCCAGCUCCAGGCUUCCAUGAAGCUUGCUCUUGCUCUACACAUGGCUACAUUAGCUACUUAUUAGCUACAUUAGCUAAAAAUCAAAUCAAAAAUUUCUCAGGUGUGAAUAUUUUUAUGAUGUCAGUUUGUGUGUGUGUGUGUUUGUGUGUAUUUGUUUUCUUUUUUUGAUGAACUGUCAAUAAAGUGUGUUUUUGCUGUA